AUGCUCUACAGUAUUUUCGUGGUCCCCUUCCUGGUUUGCGGCGCGCUCGCUGCGGUAGUCCCCAAGCUGGACCAUCUUUCGAGCCUGCCAUGGUCCCCAGAUCAAUCUUGCAUCAUUCCACCCAUUACUGAUGAGCAAGUGCAAGCUCAACUGGCCGCUCAUGCUACGGAUAUCACGGAUACCACAGAUACCACAAACGGUCAGGAUACAACCCAGUAUGGCGGUGCUUCACUGUUUAACUACAUCAAUUGGGGCGGUCCACAGAAAUGGACCGACAUCGUUUCCCCAGGUAGAUCAUUGGUUGCUUAUUGCUUCUAUUCUGAGACGGAUCGUGCCAGGCUACUUGAGCGCGUCGAAGCAGCUGUAGCCCUCUGGAAAGCUGCUUUAGGCGGAGAGCGUGGUAGAGACAACGGGCAUGAUCUUCAGUUCAACGAAUGGUAUGACUACAAGGCGUCCAAGCAUCACUUGUGCUAUGAUCCGAACCCCGAAAACAAACAACAGUGGAACCCUUCGUUGCCGAGUACAACGUUGGUGAUCAGUCUGUCAAAGAAGGUAACCAACGGAGCUUACGCGACUAUGGGGGCUGGCAGGGCGGCUGAUAAAGGCAAACCCUGGAAACUCCGCUUGUCAAUCGGCCCAGAUACGACUGCCCUGGUCGUCGCGCACGAGAUCGGCCAUGUGCUCGGCAUGGGUCACGAACACCAGCGCACAGACCGCGACAAACACGUUGAGUUCGAUUGCAAAAAGUUGAAAGGCUACUCGGACGCGCUCGCUCGGGCCAGAAAGGCUCUCCCGCAAUUCAAGGACCACCAGCUGUGUCUAUUCGCAGACUACUCCAAGAAGUUUCAAUUCCCCGCUGUUCACUAUACCAUGUCCGUGGCUUAUGGUAGCCCUGCCCAGUACUGGUGGAUGAAAGCUGAUACCGAGUACGACGUGGACUCUAUUAUGUCUCCAGGCGACGUCCGCUGGGUCCGCACCAAUUACCCAUACCAAGGACCCCAUAUCGACUCAGUCGAGAAUGCGGGCAUACAAGAUGAGAAUGAGGAAGCCUCGGAUGAAGACUUUGAUCGAACUCCAUACAUUGAGCGAGGCAAGGUGACUGGCGAAGAUCCCAAGUUUCUAGGGAAGUUGGAUCGUCAACGGGCGAAGCUGGUAGAGGAAGAGAAGGCUGCUAGAGAUGUUGCCAGUGCUGCUAUUUGA